AUGCCUCUUCUCGACAUCCCCCCAAAUACUCCUGGCCUAAAACGAAGUCACAAGGAUUACGUCGCCGGCGACAACGAUAUGACCCAAAGCAAGUUGUCUUUUGCCGCCGCCGUCCACAACCCUAAUGUAUCCACAGGUGCGUUCCGCCAGGACAGGCUCAGACUCUCGAACUCAACGACUGACAUGGCAAUAGAUAUCGCCCCUUGUCAGACUCCACAAACAAUGACCAUCUCUGGCGAUAGCAGUCCGAUCUCCCCCCUCACAGACAGAACGCACACUCCGACACCUCCGAGGCCUGCGACGGCCAUACCGACAGAUCCAAAAUCCACUCCGACGCCGGCAAAAGUCACAGCACCCGCACCCACUGGUGGUGAACCACCCGCCAAGCGCAAAUGUCUCACAGCUGCUGAAAAAGAGGAAAAGUCCAAGGCGAAGCUGGAAAAGGAACAAGCACGGGUUGCCAAACAGGCAGAAAGGGCCAAGGCAGAGGAGGAAAAGAAAGCCAAAGCAGAAGAGCGAGAGAAGGAACGCGAGAAGAAGCGCCUAGAGAAGGAACAGAAACAUCAAGAAAAGGAGCGCAAGCAGCAAGAAAAGGAAGAGGAACAACGCAAGGCUCAGGAGGCCAAGGAUAAGAAGGAGAGAAGCCAGCUGAAGCUUGCUUCAUUUUUCAAGGCCGGCCUCUCGACUCCCGGCAAGGCGAUUGCAAAAGCUCAACCAAAGGCCGAUGCCUCCCCAAGCACUGCUACCCCAGCUCAAAGUACAUCCCAGGAUGGUCCGACGGAUGACGUGUCCGAGUACAGAAAGGCGUUUCAGCCCUUCUUUGUCAAGGAGUACGUCAAGCUUGCUAAGAAAGCUUUCGACUUUGACGAAGCUGCGCUGUUGGCGAAAUCACGACAACUUGAUGAAUACAUCGGAGGCAGCAAGGACUACCAGCCGAGACCAUUCAAAGGCUCAGACAGCGUCGAAUAUUUUUGUCUACCAAGCCUCCCACCACCACGCGGACGCCCAUAUCCCAGUGUUCGAAAGAUUGUGUCUAUCCUAUCAGACGCCAGCACCGUUGCCGGCGCCUCGUCAGCAGCCUCGAUUGACCUUACUGGUUCUCCGGCUCAAGCCGCGCGCCGGCUUCUGCGCGAUGUCCCAAUGAAAUACUUGCGCUUUUUCCAAGAUGUGCGACCAGCCUAUUAUGGCACAGUCACAUCGUUGCCGCCAUCGUUCGGAACCUACGACAAACCAUCCACAGCCACUUUACACGCAGCAAGGCUGCGCAAACUGGCAAGGAAACCAACAUCACGCCAAGUUCUUCCCCUGCAAUACGACUACGACUCGGAGGCUGAGUGGGUUGACGAUGGUGACGGAGAGGACAUCGAGGGGGAUGAAGAUGAUGACGAUGACGACGAGGAUGAUGACGAAGACAUGACGGAUUUCCUGGACAACUCGGAGGAUUUGAUCAAACGACCAGUGUUUGCGCCAGGCAUGGAACCUGAAAGCAGUGGUUUGUGUUUUGAAGAUGCAAGGAGGAUAGGGCCCUCGAGCGAGAUGGCAAAGUACCGCAUGGAGUUUAUAUUGGACAAUGAGCAUCAAAGCAUCGAUCCUUUCUCCACUCAGUACUGGCAAUCCGAGCCUUGUCAAAAGACGACGGCGCCAGGCCCCGCGCUGCUACACCCUUCGACCGCCAAGACGUCAUCAAACGCGUUUGCCGCGUUGUUGGGACCCGGCGGAAAGAAGGCAGCGAUGGUGCCAGCCAAUCUCUUGGACGACUUCAAGCACGCAAUCCUCAAAUACCCAAAGCUCAGCAAGGUUGGUCUGGUCGAGGUGCUGAGCACGCAGUUUGAAAAGUGCACCAAAGCACAGGUCAAGAACUCGGUCGAGAUGCUGGCAGAACGGCACGACAAGACUUGGAGACUCAAGGCCGAGCACGCACUUUGA